AAUUAACAUGCUAAUUGUCAGGCUGGAGAGGGUGCUGGGGAUCACAGGGAAAUGGGAAAAAAAAAAAAAAAAAAAAAAAAAGACUGAGGAAGAAAGAAAGAAAGAAAGGUUUUGAGCAAUGAAAGGAGUGCCUGGAAAGCUCAGCCUCUUAUAGCACUGGCUCGGCGGAGGAUUAAGAAAGUCAACUAAUGCUUCCCAGCUCCAGGAUUUCGGCAGCACGGAGCCUCCCGAGGCACGGAACCGCGACGGCAAAUCCAGCAGGAUCUCAAGGCAGCUCUUGCCUCUCCGCGCAGAUGCUGCUUAACCCUGGGUUUAUGCGCAUCCCACUUGUGAGAGCCAGCUGGAAAGCCCUGGUGCCUCCCCUGCACGGACAGUGAGCGCUGCCAGCCCAGCCUGCUGCCAGCGCUGAACAGGCUCUUCCUCAGCCCGCGCAGGUGGAGCCGUGCACGGGGCUCCCAGCGCAUCCCAGAGCUGCCAGCACAUCCCAGCGCUCCCAGCGCAUCCCAGAGCUGCAAGGACAUCCCAGAGCUGCCAGGACAUCCCUACUGACCAGCACAUCCCAGAGCUGCAAGGACAUCCCAGAGCUGCCAGGACACCCUACUGACCAGCACAUCCCAGAGCUGCCAGGACAUCCCAGCGCUCCCAGCACAUCCCUGCUGACCAGCACAUCCCAGAGCUGCCAGGACAUCCCAGCGCUCCCAGCGCAUCCCAGAGCUGCCAGCACAUCCCAGCGCUCCCAGCGCAUCCCAGAGCUGCAAGGACAUCCCAGAGCUGCCAGGACAUCCCUACUGACCAGCACAUCCCAGAGCUGCCAGCACAUCCCAGAGCUGCCAGGACACCCUACUGACCAGCACAUCCCAGCUCUCCCAGCACAUCCCAGCGCUCCCAGCACAUCCCUGCUGACCAGCACAUCCCAGAGCUGCCAGGACAUCCCAGCGCUCCCAGCACAUCCCUGCUGACCAGCACAUCCCUGCUGACCAGCACAUCCCAGAGCUCCCAGCACAUCCCAGAGCUCCCAGCACAUCCCUGCUGACCAGCACAUGCCAGUGCUCCCAGGACAUCACAGCACUCCCAGCACAUCCCUGCUGACCAGGACAUCCCAGAGCUGCCAAGACAUCCCAGAGCUCCCAGCACAUCCCAGAGCUCCCAGCACAUCCCAGCGCUCCCAGGACAUCCCAGCGCUCCCAGGACAUCCCAGUGCUCCCAGGACAUCCCUGCUGAGCAGCAGAUGAGCCGGCGCAUCUCCCCAAGCAAGGCGUGCAGGGGGAACAAGGGCCAGGACACAAGGUACCUGUAUCAUUUUUGAUUAAUAUUUGUGGAUAAAUGCUGUAAAUAUGAGCCAAGAAGAUUUGAAAGAAGUCACUAAGCCAUGCAAGCGAAUUAAUUUGUUUUAACAAGAUGCGGCUGGCUUGCAGCCUUUUACAAGCAGGGACAUUAUUUCUUUCCUGUGCCAAAGACUGACUGCGUUUGCCCUCCUGAUUUACUUCUGCUGUGGAAGAAAUUUAAGCAAGAACAUGUAUAGUGAAUUUCUCAAUUCCACCAGUGCCACUGAAGCUCACCUAAUGAUCCAGACCAACACGCCCUACCUGAGCAGCACUCCCAGACCCGUGAGCUCCUCCGCUCUUUACAUGUCGACAGCCAGGGUGUUGAAAGAAGGGGAAAUAAAUAAGCCAGACCUGGUGACUUACAUAAUUCUCUUUUUUUUUCUGUUCUUGACUGUGACAUUCAUUGUGUUCUUCAUAAACUGCCAGCUGAAAAAUUCUUUUUUUGCUACUCUUCCUUACGACAGAUCGCUCAGGGAGGCAAGGAACCCGUGGAGGACACAAGCUGUCUGACACUUCUCAUUCCAGCAGGAGCAGGCACCAGCAGCCCUGUGCAAUAAGGAGUUAGUGCCAUGUGCCACUGCAUGGAUGUGACCCCCUUUAGAGGAAUGAGCAGGAGGAGAUCGCUGAAAAUUACGCUGUAUGCCAAUCUGAGUAGCUGUAAAUAAAAAGCUCUGUUAUGAAAAGAAUGCUGUAGCAAAUUUAUACAGGUUUUUUUUGCAAAAAAUUGCCCCGUGAUUCCAGAUUAAGCUCUGUGUGUAUGCAAAUGUCAUCAUCCACCCAUUCAGUGUCCAUACAAGGAUAAUUGUAUUAACAACAGUCUCUGAUUUGGGCAUCUGGUGGAGCUUGUUCCCCCAUAUUUAUGAAACCAAGCAUCAAAUAUAAAAAACCCAGAGUAUUUACCUAACAGCUCCACAUUGAGAUGAGUUUACUUUCCAGACCUGUUUCUCCCAACUGCUGCUGGAACUGCAUGGUGAUGUUGUGGGAGGCCUGCCAGGCAGGAGGAGAAAGUGAAAAAUGUUUAUUUAGGCUUUUGAUUGUCAUUCUGUUGUGGUUUUGAUGUUUGAAUGCAUCAUCGAUCAAGUCUUAAGUUACUACUUAUGUGAAACACUUAUUACCUAAGGAAUUUAUUUUCAUCUUUCAUAAGCUGCAAAGGAAAUUAUUUGCCACAGCAUGAAAUCAAAAUAAUCAGGAUGGGGAGAAGUGGGGAAAGAAAAUGAAUAUAUUUAAUAUUAUGCAAACUAAUGACAGGGGUGAGCAGAGCGCUCCAAGUUUGGUACACAAAGUAGAUAAGUUCUGAAAGCCAUAAAAUACAGCUUUAUAGGAAUAGUUUCUUUGCUGCACAGUAUCCCCACUUCUUGCUCUUCGUUGAAACCUAGCCCAAUUAGAAGCAUGAGUUAUCAAUAUGGCAACAGCUUGAUUCAGCCCUCUUCACUGGCAACCCCCACCACUUCAAAUUACUAACUAUCUGAUUUUGUUCUAAAAUCAGAACAAACAAACCUUCUGCUUAACACUGGUAGCUGACAAGCUAUUUUGAACAUGCUGGUUUCUUGUAAACGUGCAGUUACAGCACAAUUCCAGAUCAAGCUGCAUGAACCCAGGAAGAGUAUCCAUAAUUCCAUAAUUCCCACAAACUGGGUAAAGGGUUGCUUUUUUGGUUUUGUUUUGGUUUUUUUUUUUUUAAUCAAAUGGCUCAAGAUACAGGAGAAUUGCAGCUAUCCAUUAAAUCUAUUUUAGCUGUAGUUUUGGUAUUGGAUCAUCUGAAAUGGGCUUCAGAGGGUGUCAGAUGCUGCUUCUAACCCUGUUCUUGACCUGAAGAGAAAACCAGAGAAACUGUAUGUAUAUAUGUGUACAUAACUUAUUUCAUCCAAAUGAGGAGAUUUUAAAUUUUUGCACACACAUACAGGCUUGCACUCGAGAACACAGACAAAGUCUGUUUGACAGACAGCUUUUUCUUUUUAAAGCUUUUAAAAGUUUUUCUUUUUUACCCAAAAAUGGCACAGUUGAUAACACUUCCAUGUCAUUGUCUUUGUUACCAAGUUUUAUUUUGCUCAAACAAGCUAAAUUACUACAUAACAGAUUUCAAUAUUUUAUUCCUUGAUAUGCAGCCAAUGUUUCCUCUGAACCAAAUUUAACUGAUUCCAAGUAAUUCCAAGUAGUUACUCUAAUGCAGAAAGCAACAAUAAAUGCAAGUGCAUUUCUCUCAGCCCUUUUUGAAUAAACCAAGUUUUAUCAAAUCAGACAUUUCUUAUUUAUUUUUAGGCAGUGACAGCUUGUUUUCAGCUACCAGCCAUAAUGAGUUUGGUCUAAGAAUUUCUGCUGGCAAAAGCCUCAGAACCUGACAGAGCACAUGUUGCUUUGCACUCUUUAAAUAAAGAUUCAAGAAUAGCUCUGGAAUAAUCCUAUUUUUCUCCACAUUUGUUGGAGUAAUACUGCAGAAGAACCUGUCAUGCUGAGAGUGUCAAAUGAUUUUCUGGGAAUGCCUUUAUCCAUGCCUGUCUCUCAUCAAUAUCCAGGAUCAUUGCUAUUGCAGAAAAAAAAUUUUUCAGAGACAUUCACAAUCAUAGAAUCCCAGAAUAGUUUGGCUUGGAAAGGACCUUAAAGAUCAUCCAGUCCUAACCACCACUGACAUGGGCAGGGUCGUUUUCCAAUGCCAGGUUGCUCCAAGCUGGCUUUGAGCAUUUCCAGGAAUGGGGCACCACCACAACUUUAGGCAAAGUACAAAAUGCAUGUGUAGAAAACAUUCUGUUUCACCAGGCUCGGAAUUCUACCUGACCAAAAAAUCCUCUUUCCAACCACAAGCACACCAGGGAGGGACUGACAGGCAUUGCUUCACUUGCUGGAACUGUUUUGUUAGAUGUAUGACAAGUGUGGGGUCCCACACUUAAGAAUUUGAGAAUAUAAGAACUUAAGAAUUCCUUCUAUUAAAAUCCUUUAGUGACACUGCUCACCAGAGACCUGAAAUCUCAGAAGAAAUAGUCUCCAUUUGGCUUUUACAGAACUGAGCCCAUUUUGUCUGUUUUGCAUCUGAAGUCAAAAUCACAGACACAGCUCAAAGCUGUCUCAGGUGGCUCCUGAGUUUGCCAUCAGCAGUUUCUCUAAGAGACUUCAGAAAAUCAGGAUUUGCAGGAGUGAUUGGGUUACACAGCAUUUUUAAUUUAGUCCUGGAAGUAAAUUCUGUUAUUGCAAACCACAAAGUUAUUUCUCAAAAAGAGAAUGGAAAAAAAAUUAUGAACAAAAUAGAACUGGCCUUAUGACAGAAAAGCUGCUAAUUUAAAAGGUGUGGGUUUUUUUCUUCCAAUGUCUUAUGAACAUAAGAAGCCCUGCAAGAAGCUGGAACACAGAAUGGCUGAGGAUGACCCAACAGCUUCUAUCCCCCAUAACAUCACCCUUCUCCUCACCUCACAUCUCCAUGGGAGUGAAGUAGGUUUACAGCUUUUGUCUUUGGGAGGGGAAAUGUUAUCUAACUACAGUUAUUUCUGAACACAAGUUGGAAGCUUAUUUUCAAGACCUAAAAAAAAAAUCGAUUCCACAUUAAUCUAUUGGUGUGUAUAAAUACCACCUGUCAUUUUGUCUUUAUGAGACUUUAGCCUUGCCCUCGCUGUCCUACAUGGUCUGCAGCAGGAACUCUCCCAUGGUAUGGUCCCUGUCUGUGCAAACCUCACUUGCAGUGCAGCAGCUCAGUCUCUGCUAAAUCAGAGCAUCCCUUUGGUGACAGCCAAACCAACUCCUGCCUGAGGCAGGGGGCUCCAGGUGAUGACAGUGACACUCUGCAUGUGCUGCCCACUGCUUCUGUGCUGCUGCUCCUCCCUCCAGCAGAGCAGGGGCAAAGCAAACAGCAACAGAGAGUUCAGCAAUUAAAUGUGGAGUGACUGACCUGGCAGAAACCUGCUCUCUACUCCAGGACAAGAAAGAGCUCUCUGGUCACAGGGUAUAGGAUACCCAAUGUUUAAUUACUUUAAAUGACAGUGAGAUAUUUGCUUUUCAUGUAGCAGUGAACAGAAGCAGCCUCUGACUUAUUUAACACACAGUGUAGGUUGGAGAGGGGGUGGAAGAGGGGUGUUUCACUCAAAACAUUUUUUCAUCUGUAAAAAUCCUAUGAAUAAAGAAUUUCAGAGGUUACUUUGGCUACCUACUCCCAGAGUUGUUACUGUACCUCCAAAUUCCUCAGAGAGACCAGUAAGAUUAAAAAACCCCUCUUCAUGUCUUCAUUACUUAAAACUUUUAGAUACCAAAGUAUUUUGUUUGCUUGCUUCUUACUUAAAAAACUAUUCAUAAAAUGCACAUAAAGCUUCUGGAAAGCCAAUAAGCCACUGAAACUUCAUCUGAGAUCUUGCUUACAAAUUAGGCUGUAUAAUCUGUGUAAUACUUUCAUAGUAAAUCUUCUGGGGAUUUUCAUGACAAUCAUUGUUCUGGAAGCAAACCCAUAAAAAUAGUACAGCACCAGGAGUUUAAUUAAAAAAAUUACUGGAGUGACUGGAUUCUCAUUCAGAGGGAAAAAAGCUCUUAUUAUUGAGAAAAUGACAGAAUUUCAGAGUAUUACUGCAGGUGGCAGUCUGCUGGUAAAAUUAAAUCCCAAAGCAGGAAGCCCAGACAAGAUAAAGUUGUAACAACAUUUUCAUUUCAAUUUUAUACUAAAGAAAUAAUUUGUCAUUGUGGAAUUGGGACUCAGUGCUUUUCUACUCAUCCUGCCAAAAAAGGAUUUAAUAUAUGCACACCACCUUUCAACCUCUAUUUCUGCAGUAUCUUGGUAAACAAGGGAAAGGUUUUCUUCCCCUCAAUCUUUAAUAUAAGCUAAUACAUAGUUCACUAAACUUCUAAAUGUACAUUUUAUUGCAGCAGUACUGAGUUACAAGAGAUAUCUGAGCAGCUUCAAUGCACUGAAAGCUGUUGAUCAGCAGUUCAAAGCUCAACACAUUCAGACAUGGUGAGCUGUUUCAAAAUGUUAUGAUUGGCUACAGCGGUAAAAAGAGCCCCAAGCACCCCUAACAAUCAUCAGAUUGCUGAAGUCUUAUAGAUAAACUAUUUUUGUACUAUUUUUGUACUAUCAAUUUAAGUAUUCCUAUAGGUACUAUCAAAAUGAUACCAUUUUGGCUGGCUGCAUUCUUCAAGAAAAAAGAACUUUUUAAAAUGAAGUAAUGAAAUAACUUAAGUCUCUGCUUCUGAGAGCACAGCAUUUACAUUACCAAAAAGAUGCACAGCAGUAUUUUUUAAAUGACAGGAUCACAUUUGUGUGAGGAGGAAUAUGGACAUGGAGAGGCAUCAGCAGCAAGUUACAUGUGUUACAUUAACCCUUGUAAAUAAAUAUUUGAGACAAAGAGUUACAGACGAAGGAAAUCAGAAGAAUUUGUGGGGUUUUUGUUUUGUUUAUUGAAAUAUGAGCAGCAGUAUGCAAAAAAUAUCUUUAAAAACGUAACAUAGCAAAACCUAGUAAUUUUAAAAUUAACAAAAUAAAAAGAUGUUUAGAGUUAAAUGAAAAAAACCUCAUUGCUAGAACUGUGUUUCCUACAAUGUAAACAAAAGCAUAAAGGUUAUGCUUGCAACAAACACAGAAGCAGGUUUAUGGAGCAGCACAAGAAAGCAACAUUAUGUUGUAAUCUGAUGGUUUGGUCUAUUGAUUUGAAUUCAGAAUGGGAAACCCUCCUCAACAGAGACUUCACAACUACAGAAGAAAGUUAGGCACAUGUUUGUCAUUUGAAGCAAAACAUUUAGAAAAUGGUUUCAUUUUGUUUUUGGUUUUUGUUUGUUUGUUUCCUUUUCCAGAAACCAUCACCAGCAACACUAUGAGCAAGUAAAACAAUAUCCUGAAAAGGUUAUUAUUUCAGACUAGUGAGGAAGCCUGACACAUCAUAAUGUCCUCUAGAGUUAUACUGCAAGAAUCCAAGUUAAUCUUACACCCAAGAAUCCACAACUUUCACACUGUAAUACUGUGGGGGAAAAAAUCAUUGCUUUAAGCAAAAUGAAAAGAAUUCCAACAUUUUAAACAAUUCUAUCCCGAAUUGGAACAGCUGGGCUGUUUUAUCAUUCUUUUGCCUGUUGAACUGUUGUCAGAUUUGUCCCUCACUGUCAGUCAUGCUAGGUUUUAUUUUGGUCCUGUAGGUUCUAUAACCCAGUGUCAGCCCUUCAUAGACAACUAUUUCAUGCCUAAUGCAGUUAAUGAGUGUCACACACAAGGCACUGCCUGACUGCCAGCAAGGCCCAGGUGUCUAAGGAGCAACAGCCAAGCUGCUGUCUUAUCUCAGGGACUAUAAAAGCACUCCCAGGAAAGCCUCCA